AUGACACUGGAGGCGGCAGAGGCUAAAGUGCAGGUGGGAACAGUGAGGACUAGUGGUGACUGCUGCCACUGCGGGGUCAGAACCUCCCACCUGGUUGUGGCCGGAGAGUUUGACCAGGGCUCCGAUGAGGAGAACAUCCAGGUCCUGAAGAUUGCCAAGGUGUUCAAGAACCCCAAGUUCAACAUGUUCACCGUCAACAACGACAUCACCCUGCUGAAGCUGGCCACGCCCGCCCGCUUCUCUCAGACCGUGUCCGCCGUGUGCCUGCCCGAUGAGGCCGACGACUUCCCCGCCGGCACCCUGUGCGCCACCACCGGCUGGGGCCUGACCAAACACAACAAUGCCAACACCCCCGACAAGCUGCAGCAGGCGGCCCUGCCCCUCCUGUCCAACGCCAGCUGCAAGAAGUUCUGGGGCAACAAGAUCACCGACCUCAUGGUCUGCGCCGGCGCCAGCGGCGUCUCCUCCUGCAUGGGCGACUCUGGGGGCCCCCUGGUCUGCCAGAAGGAUGGAGCCUGGACCCUGGUGGGCAUCGUGUCCUGGGGCAGCGGCACCUGCUCCACCUCCAGCCCUGGCGUGUACGCCCGGGUCACAGAGCUCAUGCCCUGGGUGCGGCAGAUCCUGGCCGACAACUGAGGCCCUGGCCCUGCCCUGGUCUCCCUGACAACCCUGCUCCCACAAAGCUCAAUAAACCCGUGAAAACAUG